CACGUGGCAGCCGGUGGCUUGCGCUGGGGGCGCACUGCCGGGCCGUGGUGUGGCUUGACCCGCGUGCGCCGUUGCGGGGGCGGGAUGGAGGUGCUGAUGUUGGGUCUGUCGGUGCGUUGGUGGGGGUAUGAGAUUUCUCGUAUUGGAUGGGAUAAUGAGGGUUUCUGGUAAUUAUGGGGGUGGUGUGGUGUUACAAGGCUUGCUUGGAGAUAACAACGUACAUGCAACGUCAGUCGUGGCGUACUUGGGCGUGUGGCGUGCUUGACCUAACGCGAACCCCACCACCAAACUAAAUGAUAACUGACACAACAAUGGUACGUCGAAGAAGCCCAAAAGCGCAAGAAGUUGAUAUCCGCGUAGCAGAGGCAGUAUUAGGCGUCCAGUCUGGCAAAUAUAAUUCUUCUUAUGCAGCUGCAAAAGCGUUAGGUCUCUGUAAGAAUACUGUUGCUAACCGCGUCCAAGGAAUGCCUUCACGGACAGAAGCGCGACAGAAACAACAACUCCUCCCGAAAAACCAAGAAGCAACGUUAUUAAAGUGGAUAAAGGUCCUUACGAAAGGUGGAUACGCGCCUAGUCACCACAUAUUACGGGAGGUUGCAGAUGAGGUCCAUCUAAACCACUGCCGCGUUUUCGAACAUCACAAACACUCUGACGCGUUUCGAAGAUCACAAAACUCUGAUGCGUUUCGAAGAUCACAAACACUCUGACGCGUUUCGAAGAUCACAAACACUCUGACGCGUUUUCAAAGAUCACAAACACUCUGACG